UGUAGUCAUCGGCGCAUGUUGUGACCGCCACAAAAUAUCGAAUAUCAGUCGGUAGAGUGACAUCGACGCGUAUGCGUCGUUGACUCGGCGUGCCAAGUCGGUUUUUUAAAUUCGCACUGAGCUUGGAAAGUGUCCAAAAAAAAAAAUUUCUAAAUAUAUAUAUAAAAAGGAAUUCUUAUUUUAAAUUCUGUCGAAGAGAAACACGCGCGGAUAACACAUCGUCGCGGCGGUAAAUAGGUGCGUGUCAUACGCCCCCUCGAGUCGCGCGAGCGCACUCUUACUCGGGGGGCGGCAGCCAUAGUAAAGAACUUGUUGUGAACAUUUCUUAAUAUUACAGAACACAGUGAAAAAAAAAACACAUUUAUUUAAUUCCGUUACGGACUAUGAAAUUUCUUUUUCUAUUUGUUUGCGCAAUCGCCGCCUUACACGCUCACUACAACGGCCAUGCGGCACAACUACGUCGCGUCUGGAUGCAGGAUCACUGCCAACAGGGCAUCUGCACGGGCAUCGAAAUCGGACGCAACGACUAUGUCAUUCUGUCGCAGAUGCCCAUAGCUAAGCAGCUAAUGCUUACCUUCCUCAAUUCCAGCAUCGCCAAGAUACCGCACCUAAUGUUUGACACCUUUCCCGACUUGCAGGUGCUGCGCAUGGAAAACUGCUCGGUGGAAACGUUCGAAAAGCCACAAUUCGAGGGGGCCAGCAAUCUGAUGAGUCUCUUUCUGGGCCACAAUCUGCUGCGCGACAUACCGAAGAACAUCUUCCUCGGCGCCGAUAACCUAAACACGCUGCACAUGAACCACAAUCAGCUACGCCUGUUGCACAAUUCCAGCUUUCAUGCGCUCAAAGAGCUGCGCGAACUCUCGCUCGCCGACAAUCAGCUGGAGCAGCUGCCGCUUGGCGUAUUCACGCCGCUGCGCAAACUUUUAGACCUCAAUUUGGGCGGCAAUCGUUUGGCUGCGUUUCCGCGUGGCAUUUUUGAUCGCAACUUUAACUUGACGCGCAUCAAUUUGUCGCGCAAUCGCUUCGUGGCCUUCGAAUCGGAGCUCUUCAAGCUGCAGCCGCGCAUCAAGCUGCUGGAUCUCUCCGGCAACGAGCUGCAGGAACUCACGCUCAACUUUGCCGUUCUGGAGAGCAGCGUGCAUGCCAACAACUGCGACAUGCGCAAGCUCACCGUCUACGGCUACAUCUACGAAUUGGAGCUGCGCAACAAUUCGCUGCGCGAGCUGCCACACAUACCGCACGCGGCCAACGUGACUAGUCUGGAUUUGUCGCUCAACCCGCUCGGUACGCUGCAAGGCAAUCCGCUGCGGCGCUACACCGGGUUGCAGCGACUCAACUUGAGUGCCACUGGCAUGCACGAGGUGCCCGAGGACGUGUUCAAGAAGCAGACACAACUAAAGCUGCUGGACAUUUCGGCUAACUCGCUGUACAACCUCAAGUUUGCGCUCUUCAGCAAUUUGAAAUCACUGCAGUAUUUCUACUUCCAGCAGAAUAACUGGAACUGCGACUUCCUGCAGCUGUUGAUGAAUUCGUUUGUAAAGAAGCGCGAUAUCUCCUUCAUGGAGGAUGCAACCGAGCCGGAGUUGGUCGACGAUUACGUGGAUGGUGUGGCGUGUUGGUAUGAGAGCAACAAGCCGGCGUCAAAGAAGUGCUCCGGCGAAGGACUCUCGGAGGCCGCCUUGGAGCUGGCCAUUGUGCGCAACGACAUCAAAUCCUUCAUGGAGGUGGUGGAGAAGAAAUUCGUCAAAGUCUACCGCAUGCUAGACGAGCUGAAGAUGCGCUUGUAGCGCCGACGAGGGCAGCGUGAUUGCCUGCAGGAAAUCACCCGACAAUGGACCAUUUGGCUUGAACUUUUGUUAUUCUUACUGGCUUACGUUUUGAUUUUAAUCGCAUUAUUGUUUAUUUAAUCGCAUUUAAUGGAAUAUUCAAAAUACAUAAGUGUAACACGAUUAUCGUUUGUCGCGCAAGAUUUU